AUGUUCAACCCGCUGGACACGCUGCGCAUCCGGUGGCAGGUCUCGCCGCCGGGCCAGGCGUCGACGAGCUCGAGCUCGACCAAGGGCGGCGAGGCGGUGCGGGCGGCGAUGGGCCGGAUGGGCGAGGGCGGCAAGCCGAGCAACAUUGUAGCCUUUGCGCGACAGGUGAUCCGUACCGAAGGACUGUGGCGCGGAUUGUGGAAGCCGGGCAUGCUGGCCAACUCGGCGUCGAUCGCGUGCUCCUCCGGCCUCCGCAUGGGCUUCUAUCCGCUCCUCCGCGACUGGCUUGACAUGCAGUUCUCGGCCGGCGAGGCCGAUAGCGAGGCACACGCUGCCAGCAAGUCGCCGGCUGCCAUGGCGCUGGCCUCGUUUGCUGCUGGCGGCCUGGGCUACUGGGUCUCCACCCCGACGUACCAGGUCAAGGUCCGGCUGCAGGCCGAGGCCGGCAAGGUGGUCGACGGCGUGCUAACGACCGGGGCGAGGGCCGGCUCGCCGCCACGCUACCGCGGCCUCUUCCAUGCCCUUUACACCAUCGCGCGCGACGAAGGUCCAACCGCACUGUAUCGGGGUGCCGGCGCCCUACUUAUUCGCGGAGCGCUCAUCACCACCGGUCAGCUCACGGCCUACGAUCUGACCAAGACCCGCGCCAAGGCUGCAGGCCUCCUCGGUGACGGCCCGGUCCUGCACGUUGUUGCCUCUAUUGUGGCCGCCUUCUUUAUGACCACCCUCUCGGCUCCGGCUGACAUCCUCAUGACCCGAUACCAGACCGCGCCGCAAAUGGGCAAGUCGUACCGCGGCCUCAUCCACUGCGCCUCAUGCAUGAUCCGUGAUGAAGGCCCGAUGGUCUUUUACCGCGGCUGGACCGCGUUCUUUGUCCGCCUUGCUCCGCUCAACCUCGUCCUCUUUCCGCUCUACGAGCAGCUCCGUCGCCUCUUUGGCCUCGAGUACAUGGACUGA